AUGUCAGCAAACACUACGAUCUAUUCUGGAUUUUGGGUAAACCUUUCAAAAGGUCCAGUGCUCGGGUCGACUCUGACUCUCAAGAAAGACAAUGCCGUCAUCCUCAUCGCUGCACUGGCUAUCUUCAUUCAAUUGAUUGGGGUUCAAUCUUUUGGCAUCAUCCGUCUCCUCGCACAUCAAAUACGUGCAACUAGGGAACCUAGAGAUGGUCUAUUCCACCAGCAACAAGCCACCUUGAGGAAUGACGGUUCCGAUAUCAGUGCCACUUGGGUCUUUAGCAGGAUAGCAUAUGCUUGGCGCUCUCGAUCCCCUAAGAGCUUUCGCAAAUCUGUCACACUUAUCUUGAUAGGGUUGCUUCAUCUGAUAGCGUUUGGAGCAGCGAGUGUACUAGCCUCCCAUAUAACAACCACAGAUGAAGAGGUUCUCAUAACCCGGAACCCCAAUUGUGGACCUUGGAAAGUAGUGAAUGAGAUUGGAGCAGCAAACCAACCGGAGAACAUUAUCCAGAGUGCUUAUGUAUCAACCACCUUGCAGUCGACUGAUAAAUAUGUUCAGAGUUGCCUGUCGGAGCCACAGUCACUUCCAGAGUGUACCAUGUUCAAGCGAGAGCGGUUGCCUUGGACUUCAACAACAAAUAACUCAUGUCCCUUUGAUGACUUGUGUCUUGGCCCAGCUUUAUAUUUGGAUACAGGCCUGAUCGACUCGCGAGACGACUUGGGGAUCAAUAGUCAUGACUCGGAUCGUGUUCAGUUGCGAAACAACUUAACUUGCGUGCCAAUCACCACUGACGGAUAUAGCAAACAAGGCACGAGUUCAUACAGUUACCAGGACGAUUUUUCUUCUGGAAAUAUAACUUUCAAUUAUACGGCUCUUUUAUAUGGCCCUCCAGAUGAUAACGAUUUCCUUUAUGGCGUCGAGGAUCUCACUUUGCAAAAUGCGACUUACCUCUACACCAACUUUAUGGAUCUUGCCGUUCCUUCUCACGGCUCUGAAGGAUUAGUUCCCUAUUACUUGAUCCUUCGCAUCCUUCUCUUGGUUCUACACCGGCCCCAGCGACGACCUCUGGCUCCCUGCCCACAGACAAACCAACCAAGCACCACCUCCGCAGAUAACCUCAUUAUCUACUACCCUGACAAAGAGGUCUCUGUCCUCGCCUGUCUCGAACAACAACAAAUAUGCAACCCCUCCUCCAAAAACAACUCUUGCACACAAUUCCGCUCGAUCUACUACUCAUUCCCCGACUCUGAACUCGAGGAAGUACUUACAAAUGACCAUCAGAUGCAAAUUGCGAACACGAUCCUGAAUUCGAACGUUGGAUUCGAUUACCCUAUGAUGUCGACCGGGCUCCUCGCCUCACGCUUUGCAGAUAAUGGCUUCUCGUUGCCAUUAGCAUCCAAUCAAUGGAUUUUGGAAGUCGAGAACUGGUUCACGAUCACUCUUGCUACCUUACAGCGCCUUAUGAUUGAGUUUGCCACAGGACCAUCAUCUAGCCAGUAUUCGGCAUUCAUAGAUGUCGAACAAGCAGAGAAGGAUCCGGAUGUGAGGUGGAUGUGUGAGAAUCAGAUUAUCAAUCGAGGCGAUUAUACGAAUUUUCGGACGUUGAGUAUUUGCUUGAUCUUUGUGCUGGGGUUGCUGGUUUUUGUGGUUAAUCAAAAUAGAGAGGCGAUUGCAGGACGCUUGGGUUGGAGGAGGAGAGGUUGGAGACAGAGGGCGUGGUGGGCUGAGGGGACGUUGCGGUUACAGAGGCGGGCAUUCGAGGGCGUGGGUAUUGAGUGGGAAUCGGAAGAUUGUGAUUUAAUUCCAGUCACUGAGAGCGGGAGGAUGUUUAGUGCGUUGAGAAUUUGUGAGGAGAAGGUUCUUUCGCCUUCCGAGAAGAAGGAUACAUGCGUUAUUACAUCGCAAGGGUCUCCAGAGCCAGAGGAUACAGAGCCGGAAAUUUCAAAAGCGAACGAUACGAUUGUGCAGGUAAAAUCUAUCUCGAAGUCUAGCAACGAGGGGGCGAGUGGUGGCAGCAAUGGAAGGCCCCGUUCAAUUUAG